AUGAUAGCCAGGUGGGUGAAGGGGAGCAAGAACAUUCCAUCUGCCGUAAGGAAGAGACCUUCUGACUUGCUGAGUUCCGAUCAGAACAUGACCAUGGACACCAUUCAUGUCAACAUGUCCAGUGCUCCCCUGGUGAAGCACACCACGGGAUCUGAACUCAAGACCAACAGACCCCGUGUCAUGUCCAAAAGCGGACACAGCAAUGUAAGAAUCGACAAGGUGGAUGGCAUAUAUCUAUUAUACCUUCAGGACCUGUGGACCACCGUCAUCGACAUGAAGUGGAGAUACAAGCUCACUCUGUUCGCAGCCACUUUUGUGAUGACCUGGUUCCUCUUUGGAGUGAUCUACUACGCCAUUGCGUUCAUUCAUGGGGACCUGGAGCCGAGUGAGCACAGCUCCAAUCACACGCCCUGCAUCAUGAAAGUAGACUCUUUAACAGGGGCGUUCCUCUUUUCCCUGGAGUCCCAGACAACCAUUGGCUACGGAGUCCGCUCCAUCACUGAGGAAUGCCCGCAUGCCAUCUUCCUGCUGGUGGCUCAGCUGGUCAUCACCACCUUGAUUGAGAUCUUCAUCACGGGCACCUUUCUGGCCAAAAUCGCAAGACCCAAAAAGCGAGCAGAGACCAUCAAGUUCAGCCAUUGCGCCGUCAUCACCAAGCAGAACGGGAAGCUGUGCUUGGUGAUCCAGGUGGCCAACAUGAGGAAGAGUCUCCUGAUCCAGUGCCAGCUCUCUGGCAAGCUCCUGCAGACGCACGUCACCAAGGAGGGAGAGCGCAUCCUCCUCAACCAAGCCACCGUCAAGUUCCACGUGGAUUCCUCUUCCGAGAGCCCCUUCCUCAUUCUGCCCAUGACGUUCUACCAUGUGCUGGAUGAGACAAGUCCCCUGAGAGACCUCACGCCUGAAAACCUAAAAGAGAAGGAAUUUGAACUGGUGGUCCUCCUCAACGCCACUGUGGAGUCCACCAGCGCCGUCUGCCAGAGCCGGACAUCGUACAUCCCUGAGGAGAUCUACUGGGGCUUUGAGUUUGUGCCUGUGGUUUCUCUUUCCAAAAAUGGAAAGUACGUGGCUGAUUUCAGUCAGUUCGAACAGAUCCGGAAGAGCCCUGAUUCUACUUUCUACUGUGCCGAUUCUGAGAAGCAGAAACUAGAGGAGAAGUACAGGCAGGAGGAUCAGAGAGAGAGAGAACUGAGGACACUUUUGCUACAACAGAGCAGGAUCUGA